AUGCCUCGCCAGUACUUGUCCGGAUCGAGCUGCGUGGGCGUCAGCUGGUCAGGCAGCGAAGCGAGGGCGAGCGCGCCCUGCAUCGACGAGAAGGAGGUAAUAACGCGACAGCUGAUAUCCAACACGCCUUCGUCGCGACACGCGCUCAUCAAGCGCUUGGUCCGCGACGCGCUGCUGAGCGACAGCGAGGGCAACUACUACUCGAUCGCAGCUACCGAGAAGAGGUUGCGCCACCUCGACUACGAAGACUGCUGCGCGCGUGAUCACUACACGAGUCGCAGCUACGGCAAACGCUUUCACCCCUACGUCCUUUACAGGUUCAUCCUGUUCUUGCAGACGCGCAGCGAAUUGUUGCGCUCUAAGAUUGAGCAGACGGCAUCCUGCGCCGUGUGCAAGGAGCGCGCCGCGCGCCGCGCCGAGGAAGGCGGCGUCCCCGUCAUCUGGCGGCAAGCGGAGCCGUGCCGCCAUUGGACUUGCGAUACGUGUACCCGCGACCUCGCCGCCCGCGGCAUGGCCAACCACUGCAGCUUGUGCCGGGCAAGGGUGAUCUCCUACCCGCUCGGCGUUGCGCCCGGCGCCAACCAGAGCUGA